AUGGAGACUCAAUCUUGCGUAUGCGUUCCUAUGGAAGAUAGUAUUGACGUGUAUCCGUCGUCACAAUGGAUGGAUCUUAUUCAAGUAUCGAUCGCAACUUGCCUUAAUGUUCAACAUAACAGAAUCAAUGUGCAUGUCAGACGCCUUGGUGGUUCUUACGGAUCAAAAAUUUCACGCAACGCGCAAAUUUCAUGCGCUUGCGCAUUGGCAUGUUAUCUACUGAAUCGCCCAGCACGAUUCAUUAUGACGAUGGAGAGCAAUAUGCUAUCGAUAGGCAAGAGAUGUCCUAUGCAUCAAAUAUAUGGGAUUGAAGUAAACGAUGACGGAGUUAUACAGUCUCUCGACACGCAACACUGGAGCGAGUGUGGUUCUAGUCCUAACGAACCGCAUGCUGGCAUAAUAACUUACUUCUUAAAAAAUAGCUGCUACUUAAUUGAUAAUUGGAAUAUUAGAGGAUAUGAAGUCAUAACCGGUACACCAUCAAACACGUUUUGUCGAGCAUCAGGAUUUACGGAAGGAUUAGCCAUGAUUGAGAAUAUGAUGGAGCACAUUGCGAUAGUGGCGAAUAAGGAUCCAAUUGCAGUCAGAUUAGCGAAUAUGAAUGAUAAUGAUAAAUCCGUAUUAGAUAAUAUAAUACAAAAGAUGUUGAAUAUGACCUACUACAUAAAGAGACAGAUCUCUAUUUGGGAGUACAACAGAGACAAUCGCUGGAAAAAAAAAGGAAUUGCAAUGGUACCGAUGAAGUAUUGGACAACAUAUGUAGGACAAUUCAAUACAAUAUUAUCGGUCUGCGCUCGCGACGGUUCGGUAUGCGUGACACUUAGCGGAAUUGAAAUUAAUCAAGGCAUAAAUACGAAGAUCGCACAAAUAGCAGCUCAUACACUAGGAAUUGAUAUCGAAUUAAUUUCCGUUAAACAAAGCAACAAUUCAGCGGCACCAAACAUGUCAGAAACAGGACACAACGUUACUAUAGAUACCUGUGGAUACGCAACGAUUCAAGUUUGCACACAAAUUUUAAAGAGACUCGAGCCAAUUAAAAAAAAAAUGGAAAAUCCGAAGUGGCAGGAUGUCAUCUUUAAAGCGUUUCAAGAAGGCAUUGAUUUAUACACACGUUAUAGCUUGACCCUCAGCGGGUCAAUGGAAGAUACGUUGAAGCCUUACCCUGUUUACGGUGUUACCAUUGCCGAAAUAGAAAUCGAUGUGCUGACCGGUCAGCAUAUUAUUAGGAGGGUUGAUUUGAUGGUCGAUGCUGGUCAAAGCUUGAAUCCAGAAAUCGAUGUCGGUCAGGUGCAAGGGGCUUUCGUGAUGGGGAUGGGAUACUGGACUUCGGAGAAUCUGGUGUAUGAUACUGAAACAGGAUUAUUAAUAAAUAAUAGAUCAUGGGUAAAUUAA